GGCGGGGCGGUGGAGGGGCGAUGCUGGCCAGCCGAGGCCGCCGCCGGGCGGGGCUCUCGGCACCAGGGGAGGCGGUGCCGCCGCAGCGGCCGCCGCGCCCAUGGUCUGCCGGGGCGGCUCGGCUCGGCUCGGCCCGGCUCGGCUCGGCCCUGCCCCGCAUUGCCACCGCCCAGGUACGCCCUGCCUGCCGCAGGUGCUUAAAUAGCGGCGCCGGCUGCGCCACGGUAGCCCUUCGCACGGCGGCCAGUUCCUGAAUUCAUAUGAUUACAUGAGGCUAUCAGAUUUCAUCUGAGUUAAGGGGCAGUAAAUUUAUGGCCCUGGUGUUUGCAGUGGAAAUCUUGGACAAUAUGAACUCUGAAGGUUCAAACAGAAAGCAAACAGAACCAAAAAUCUUCUGUGUACUUGCUCUUGCAGCUGUGUAGGAUAUGGAGCUGAUUUAAAGACUUUAUUGCCAGGAGACAGAGAAGCAAGAUUUAUAGAAUUCAAAAAGAUCUACUGUAGUUUUCUGCCACUUAAUGCUCACAGGAAAAAAACACACAAAAAACCCCCAGCUCAUCUGCUUGAGGACAUUCUGUUGUAAUGUAUCCAGUGGCUGUUCCUGCACCAGGAGAUGAAGGAAAUAAUGGACAACAUGGGAAACUUAUUUUUUUCCUUUUUGUUUUUGGAGCUGUGUUGCUCUGCGCUGGAUUCCUGCUUUCAGUCUUUAUUCUCCAGUCAUGCCCAUCUGGAACCUUCAGUGACUGUAAUGAGGUCCUUAAGGCUGCUGGGCCCGUGCUGGCUGUAACUGGACUGGUUUGUGUUUUACUGGCACGAUCAAGGGCCAGGCUAUAUAUAAGACAAAGACAAUUGCAAAAUGAGCAGGUGUACAGCCUUGUUUUUUGUCAUGGGAGCUGUCAGUUUGCCCAGUUUCUCAUAUUUGGAUUCCUGUUUUUAACUAGUGGAAUGCUGAUUAGCAUCCUGGGCAUUUGGGUUCCUGGCUGUAGCCCUGGCUGGCACAGCAUACAGCUCAACCACACCGGCAGCUCUGAUGUGGACCUCCAGGGCUGUGGAUUCCUGUCACUUCAAAUCAUGGGACCUUUGAUUGUGCUCACUGGGUUGUGUUUCUUUGUGAUAGCUCAUGUUAAAAAGAAACAAAACUUAAAUCUCAACCAAGAAUCUUGCGAAAGUGAAGAACAUCCUCAGAGCCCUGAAUCUUUUCAGGUUACAGUAGGUGAUGCUGUAAUGAUAUUCCCGCCUCCACCACCUCCUUAUUUUGCUGACCCUAUGUCACCAACUGUGACACGUUGUCUUAUGUCAAGUGGCUUGCCUACAAGUGAAAGUCCUCCACCAUACCACUCUAUCUUCAGUGAUGGAGCACAGCUUGCUGAUGAUGAAAGAACAGUUGCUGUUAGAGACUGUGAAACCAUAUAUACAAUUUCUGGAAGCAGCUCACCUUCAGAUAUUUUACCAAUGCUAUACCUCUCCUCUGAAUCACCUCCAAAAUACGAAGAAAAAGCAUCAAUAACAAAUUACGAAUAUUCUCCAUCUUCGUCUUCUUCAUCUAUUUCCUUAGCCACAUCUGACACCAGUUCAUAGAGGACUGUCACUUAGACUUAAUUUUUAAAUUAAAUUGUACUCUCAGAUUUACCAUUUUUGAAUUUAUUUACAUUUUGUAAUAAAAGCAAUAAUGUUGGCUGUGUCUAAUUUUUCAUCAAAAAGCACGAAUGGUGAAUUUGGGUUUCAAGAA